AUCUUCUUCAGGGUAGCACUCACAAGCAGAGCAACUAUCACAUUUGUAGCUGCCAAUGGAGGAGAUCCCCGAAAACUAAAGUAGAACCCACACACACUCAACUAUGGUGGUUUUGAACUGGCUAUUUCAGGACGGUUUUGUUUUCGAAGCUAUUACCAUGGCUCUGGUAAGAGUGAUUUCGACGAAGGAUGAUCGGUUUGUUGUGCUUGGCUGGUGUACUUUUGUACGUGCUGUAUUGGAGUAUGAGAGCUCUAUUACUCAAUUUCCGAUGAAUGGGAUAAAGGAGAGGUAUCCUGAUUUGUUGAAGAUACUCGCUUCGUGCAUUCCGCAUCUCUCUGUUGUUCUGCACAAAGGAAGCACUUUGCAGGAUGGAUAUGAACUGCCCUCUCGCCUUGCUGUGUGUGCUGCUGAUUGUUUUCUGGCUCUCUCGGAAGCGUUGAUCAGAAAAGCUAAAGUUCGAAGUAACAAGGCAAAGUUAUCAGAUUCAAAGGCACAAAAGCGGCUGGUUACUUUGGUGGCCCUUGAUGAUGGUGAUAAAAAAGCAAAACCAGCUCCUGAAUCUUUAGACGUUUCAAACAUGGAAUUGGACUAUAUACUUAUUUGGGAUCAUUUAGAGGAAGUUCUUGGUCUAGUACAGAAACUCCUUGCUUGGAGCAGAAAAGGCCGACCCUUACAUGCCAAAGGAUUGGAGCAAGUGCUUAAGUGGUUGCACGAGAUUAAAGGACAUUAUCGUAACGUGAAAGCUGAGGCAGGCUCGAAGGUUAUCAAAACUGGAAUAUUGCUACUGUCUUCUUGUUGGAAGCAUUAUGGCAUGCUAAUGCAUUUGGAAGAUCAGAAAUUUUCCCAGCAUUACAAAGAAUUGUUGGAUCAAUACUUAGCAGGCAUACAGUUUUAUGCAGGUCACACUGAGAAUAAGGAUGGGAGUUCUGAGACCAUAAAGGUUUUCCUGAAUUGUUUAUGCCUUCUACUGGGGCGAUUUGAUAGCAAGAAAUUUGAGAGCGUAGUCUCAGAAUACGGGAUGAGGAUAUCUCAGGUUCUUGUACCACAGCUUCAUUCUGCUGCUGAUGAUGUUAUAGACGGGGUUGUGUGCAUAUUCAAAGCAUUAAUAUUUAAGCAAAAAUCACCUGGAAGCAGUCUCACCGACACCGGAGAGGUGGAUGCUGUGCUUCCAUUGCUGAUUCACCUUCUAGAUGAACGGGAUGGCACAGCUAGAGCUGUGGUUCUGCUUAUAGCAGAAUACUGCUUGAUGAGCAGAGACAGUCAGUGCCUUAAAGAAGUUAUUGAGCGCCUUGCUUCUGAAAAUGUCCAACAGAGGAGGAAUGCAGUUGAUGUUAUAUCAGAAGUCAUACAUAUGUCGUCAGAUUCAAAAUACGUACAUACCCAGCUAUCAUGGCACGAUAUAGCAAAGAACUUGAUUGUGCUACUUGAAGAUGAAGAAACUGCAAUUCGGGAACAAGCAUCCAGUUUGCUUCCAUUAAUUGACCCUUCAUUAGUUUUACCUGCUUUAGUUAAUCUGAUUUACUCCGGGGAUGAAAGAUUGCAAUCAACUGCCAGUGAUGCCUGUGUUGUGGUGCUCAAAUAUCAUAGCGAGAAUGCUGAAGUUAUAUGUAUGCUGCUUGACUGUCUUGGCAACCUCAGCCAAAAUGUAAAUCAAGACACAGGAUCAAAAUUGGAGAGCGAUCGAGUGCUUAGGCUAAUCCCAGAGUGGUCUAAAAGUGUCCAAAGCUGGAACUUCUUGAUUGAACCGUUGAUUGACAAGAUGUUUGCAGAGCCAUCCAACGCAAACAUUGUGAGGUUUUUGAGUCAUAUAAGUGAGCACUUGGCAGAAGCUGCUGAUGUGGUGCUCUCUUGUGUUCUAAUGCAUGCUAAACGAUGUAAAGUUCCUUGCAGGAUGGAUGACAGCAGCUUCUCUAGAUUGGAGUGUCAGACUGAUAAAAGUGAGGACUCCGAGAAAAUGCAACAGACCCUUUUUGAACACCUUUGCCCAUUGCUUGUAAUUAAGAUGCUUCCGCUGAGAGUAUUUAAUAAUCUGGAUUCAACUAUCAUGUAUGGUCAACUUUCCAAUCAAGGCAUUGUUCAUGGUAUACACUCCUCUCUCCUCUUCUUCUGCCCGAUGAUAUUAAAGCACUGAUGGAGUUGUUAUAAUUCCUAAUGUUUCUAUUAGCUUCUUUUGUGAAGUUUUAACCUUGUAUCUGCCUGCAUAGAUGUUCUGAGAGUGUUUCUCUUGUAACGCAUGUUAGGACUUGCAUGAUCUGAAAUGAGGAAAUUUUUUUAAAUAUCAAUUUCAUACGUUUUUGUGUGGCUUU